CUUUCCUCUUUCUCUUAUUUGCAUUAUUGAAGUAGCAGCCACACUUGUUGUCUCCACUUUCUCUUGCUAAACUCCAUCAUCUUCUCUUUCUUUUUUUUCACUUGUCCCAUUUUUUUAUAUUUUCAUCUUUCUCUUUUGGAGUUUCUUCUUCUACUGACUCUACUGGUAGGUGUAUGGAUUUGGUAAGAUUUCUCAACCUUCAAACAACAAACUUUUCUUAUUCUAUAGUUUUUUUUAAUGUAAUAACAUGUUUAUAAUCUUACUUUAAUCUUUCAUUUUUAUUGCAUUUUUUUAAUUCUUGCUUGGAAUUGAGUAGACAGAAAAAAAGUUUUUUGUUUUUUUUUUUGUUUUCCUUUCUUCCCAUUUUGUGGGAUCUGUUCUAGUUUCUAUGUUUCUGCACUUCUCAUUUCGUUUUUUCAGUACAAUUAGUUUGCCUUUUUUGGGAUUUUUUUUUUGUUUUUUUUUCAAUAUCAAAAUAGAUCAUUUUGUUAGAGCUUCAACUACAAUUUCAGAGUACUCUUUAUAAUUGUGUUUUUGCUUUUUGCUUAUGCUUUUUUAUUUUCCUUCAUAUGUAUUGAAGUUGAAGUUUAAUUGAGUUAAAGAUUCAUGGGUUUUAUGUUUACUAGUUGUUUUUGCUGUUUGUUCUUAAAUUUAGAGUACCAAUAUCAAAAAGGACAAAUCUUGAUAUUGCUUUGAUUGCUGUUGUGUAUGUAUGUGUUUUUAUAGUGAGAGAAGAAAAAAAAGCACAAUCUUUGAAUGGACUGGAAUUUCAAACUUAGCUCUGGUUAUUUAUCUGGAUUCGAUCAAGAACCAGAUUUAUCACCAAUGGAUGGUUCGAUCUCGUUUGGUGGGUCGUCACAGUCAAAAGCGGAUUUUUCAUUUGAUCUAAAACUUGGAAGAAACAUUGGAAACUCUUCCUCUGUUUUUGGUGAUACAGAGCAAGUGAUUAGUCUUAGUAAGUGGAAAGAUAGUGCUUUAGCUAAACCAGAAGGUUCAAGAAGCUCGAGUUCAAAGAGAACAAGAGGGAAUGGUGUUGGAACCAACCAGAUGCCGAUUUGUCUUGUUGAUGGAUGUGAUUCUGAUUUUAGUAAUUGUAGAGAGUAUCAUAAGAGACAUAAAGUUUGUGAUGUUCAUUCAAAAACUCCUGUGGUUACUAUUAAUGGUCAUAAACAGAGGUUUUGUCAACAAUGCAGCAGGUUUCAUGCUUUGGAGGAGUUUGAUGAAGGGAAGAGAAGUUGUAGGAAACGUCUUGAUGGACAUAAUCGAAGACGACGGAAGCCGCAGCCUGAACAUAUCGGUCGUCCUGCCAACUUCUUUACGGGUUUUCAAGGUAGCAAAUUGCUAGAGUUUUCUGGUGGUUCACAUGUGUUUCCAACUACAUCUGUGUUGAACCCGAGCUGGGGAAAUAGUCUUGUAAGCGUUGCUGUAGCCGCCAAUGGUUCGAGUUAUGGGCAGAGCCAGAGCUAUGUUGUUGGUUCUUCUCCUGCAAAGACAGGGAUAAUGUUUCCAAUCUCUUCUUCUCCAAACAGUACCAGAAGCAUAGCAAAACAAUUCCCUUUCUUGCAAGAAGAAGAAAGCUCGAGAACCGCAUCGUUGUGUGAGAGAAUGACGAGUUGCAUCCAUGACUCUGAUUGUGCUCUCUCUCUUCUGUCAUCCUCCUCGUCGUCAGUCCCUCAUUUGCUUCAACCACCACUUUCUUUGUCCCAAGAAGCAGUUGAGACAGUUUUUUACGGGUCGGGAUUGUUUGAGAAUGCGAGUGCAGUCUCUGAUGGAUCGGUUAUAUCCGGUAACGAGGCUGUCCGUCUUCCGCAGACAUUCCCGUUUCAUUGGGAGUAGUAGAAGAAGAAGUAGGUAGAUAGAUAGAAUCAGAAAGAUCUAUUUGUGUCUCUUCUCUUCUCCCUCAUUUUUCAAUGUUCUUUAUCAUCAUCAUUGUUCUUGUUAACACUACAAGAAAUAUGGACAUUCUUAACACACCGAAAACGCUAUAAUAACGUUUACAUAGCGGAUUCAUAAACGCUGUGUUUGCCGGAGCUAUCUUAGAGUGGUCACAUACAAUAGCGUUUCUUGCUAUGCUAUUAAAUGUUCACAUAUUAUGGCGUAAAAGAAAUGCUUUGAUUUCCUUUGUUAUUGCACAAUUUUGAUGUUAUACUUUUGUAACUCUUUUUAAGGGCUAUAAACUAUUAUUUUGUAGCUAUAUUUUAUAGGCUAUGAUCUGAUAUGUUGUAGCUUUAUUUUUUUGGCUAUAAAUCUAUAAACAGCCUAUAAGUUUGGGACAUUUUGUUACACAUUUGCAAGAAACCUCUUUUUG